CUCAAGAGCCCUUAUCGACUGUCUGGUUGAAAUAUUAACAGUCGAAAAGUACAGAAAUUAACGUAUCGCUUAUGGCCACAAUGAACUACUUUAACCAUUUUUGACUGAAAAUUUAAUAUAUUUGUAAGUUAGAUAUCAAAGAGUAACCCCGAUUCGUUUCACCGUAAUUCUUUGCACAAUUUGAUAUGAAUCGUGGACUGUGGGGAUGCUUUACAAUUCCUUAUUUGUCAUUGAUCGUGAUAUUUUUUUUCGGGAUCUCGAUUCGAGUGAAAUUAUAAAAGUGUUUGAACAAGAAAAGCCUGUUAUUGAUUAAUUUUCCAUGUGUGGUUCGUUCCAUUAGUUCUAUCAGGCGAAGAAAAUAAUUUGAAUAAUCGCUUCAGAAAACGCCUGUAAAAAAUCUAAUAAUUCAUGUGAUUUUCUGGAGUUUUUCCAUGAUGGAUCAGCGAAUCCCUGAAGAAAGUCUCGAUUGGGACUCCAAACUCGGGACGUGAAUGGCCCAAUGACACACGAAUUGAGUCCCAAGUAGGACUUUUUUUCUCUCCGUUUGGUUCAAAGCGCAAGGUUUUUAUCAACAGUCCCUCGCAUGAAAAAAACUGUCGAAGUCGAAGAUCGCAUGUACAACAGUUCUCGAGUAUUACCGGCGCGAUUUACAUGAGAUCUUUGCUUCCAUUGUUCAUAUUCGCGGUUAGUGUUUCAACAAUUCAAGUGAAAACGAAACUUUUCAUUUUUAUUUCGACGAAUCUGCUCAACGGUGAAAAUAAAUGUACGGUUGUGGGAAAUACUCAUUUUUUUUUCGUCGUAAAUACAGAAACCGUUUCUCGUGCUUGAUCCCAUCGUGCCUACCACCUCCGCAGCAGAGCUUUCCUUUUUCUAGUCUUCACAUUGAAAAAAAAAAAAAAAAAAAAAACAAAUUUCUGUACACGAAAGUAAAAAUCAAAUGCAGACUUUAUUCAGUUCAAACUUUAUUUUGUUUCCAAGGAUUAUCAAUAAUGAACUUAUUCAACUCUGUAACUCAUACUAAUGUAAAUGAAAUUCGAACUCAAAAAGAGGAUACUCGUGCACUUUGCCAAGAAUGAAUUAUUAUACGAAAGCGAAUAAUAUGCUUUGGUUGAGUUCUUAGCGUGAUGUUGAGUUCACCCUGGAGAUGUGACUCUGGAAAUUCAUUAGUUUAUUAAUUUAUUUUUAGUACUAACACCGUGAACAAACUCGAUCUCACUGGGGAUUUAAUAUUUCAUCAAAAGUAACGAAUCGGUGAAAUUACAAUAUUAGGGCACUGCUAUUGUGAUUCGAGAAGCAAGUUUUGGGGUCAAGUCAGCUGGCGCAUGUUCGGUACGCUUUGUGAUAAUUAUCAUGACGGUGAUCUUCUAUCGAUCUUUUGCCUCGUUUUUUUAUGUUUUAAAAAGUGGGCUAACGAUUCCACAAGCCUCGACGCAACGAAGAUCGAUUCGGCUCACUAUUUAUCCUCUCUGUUUAUCGUGAAUAUAAUCUUCCAUGUCGAUUCCUGUGACAAGAUUAUCUCUUUGAAUAUUUGUGUGAAGAUUAAAUAUUAAUAUUAAAUAUUUAUUUGUUGUUAAGAUUAAAAAGUGGGUGAUGUUGGAACGGUUAAUGGGCACGCAUCCAUGCUCAUUUCGCAUCUUCGCAUAUAUAUGAAAACAUGUUGAUGCUGAAUUUUAUAACGAUAAUGAUAGGGCCCCUCUUGUUGCCAAGCUCGUGGUGUCAAGCCACUGUGAAAACAAACUCGUCAAUCGUGGACGAGUUUCUGUGGCGCAGCAUAUGAGUGUUAAAAUAAUGUGUAUUGAUUCGUUGUUGUAUCGAUUUUGUACUGGAGACAAAUGAAUCAAUAAGCUAGACGUUCUUUGUUAUUGUACGAGUGUUAUAAGAGAAUACCCAUAACCACUCGGGACUGUGAAUGAUCGAAUUUCAAAAACACAUACUUUUGAUUAUGAAUAACUUGAAAAAAACUUGGUCACCAUUCUACAACAUUUCUCUUCAGUCAUUGCAUGAAAUGAUGCGACAAAAAAAAAAAAAUUUCCGUGCAGCUACAAAUUUGGACGGGAAGAAUAUUGAAUGUUAAUUAUUUGAAAUGAUUUUUCACCAUUAAUAGAAACCCACACAGCGCGUUGUUGGUUCAUGUUCCUGUUUAUUUGUGAAGAUGAAACUUUAAUAAAUGAUGUUGAAAUAGGUUUGACCCGAUAAAAGUCGAGAACUUGGACUAGUUGACAAUCAUGUAUCUCCGAAACUACGGUAUCGUUUCUGCUCUCGUUGGCCUGUGCCUAAGUGGCGUACUUUCUCAAACAUCGCAAGUAUGUGAUCGAAAAAAGUGUCCCGGUCCAUUGCAUUAUUACGAGGAAAUCGGAUGCACUCCAGUUUUCGAAAAUGUCACCUCCUGUUGUCCAUCAAGUUACCAUUGCGAUAUUUGGAAAAAUGUAACACAGGAUUACUGUUUGGACCACGGUGAGGUGUAUAAUCAUCGUGAAAGCAUAUUGCGUGGUAGUUGCAGCACUUGUUACUGUUAUCGCGGUAAUAUCGUGUGUACAACCGUAGAUUGCCGCCCCAAGGUCGCUACACUAGGUUGCCGUUACCUUGAAUCGAAUGUGAGGUGUUGCAGAACUUAUGAAGUUUGUGAGAAUAGUCCUGCUGUCUGUAACGUUGAUGACAGAUCAUACAAAGCGGGAGAAACGUUCGUUCCAAUAAACGAACCGGAAAAAACUUGUACCUGCGACGAAGGAUACGAUGGCGUGAACGAUAGGCGAUUUUGUAAUUGGUUGAGACAAUUUCCCUGCCCCAAUGAGAUAACGAAUUUCGAAAACAUCCAGAAUGGUUGUGCACCGAUCUAUGAACGAGAAUCGAUGCUUUACAAUGCUUGUAGCAAGGCUCACAUAUGCCCUGAGGAAGGAAAAUACGCAAUCGAUAAGAAAUCUAACGUCGGCGCGUCAACGCUCAGUACUUCCGAGGCUGUCCUUUCAGUCCAACAGUGCCGAAUCGGAAACGUCACAUUGAACAUUGGCGACAAACUGCGUUAUGAGGGAAGAAACGUCAAGUGUAUUUGUGAAGUACCGCCAAUACCAACCUGCUAUGAAACGUCCAACUAAUGAACGUCUUGAUUUGAAAAUCGAAUGAUCGGACUGAAGAUGGCCUUCUAUCGCACUUCUGUUUCAUCUAAAAUCUAUUUUGUAAUUAUACAAUCGAGAAUUAUUGAUAAACCUGCGUCGGACAGCAAGCACUUUCGCCUGACUAAUUGAAGUGGAAACAUAAAGGAACUCCCGUAAUCCUCGUAGCCUUUACAGUACAACUGUCUUUGGAUUAAUUUAUUAUGGGAAAAUGUGUACACUGAGUCAUACUAAUUCGAAUUUUACUGGAA